AUGUCCCUCAUCGGACAGAAAAAUAAGAGGGGCGGCUUCAAAGGGGGCGCACGACGAAAUGAAAACAACAGAAUAUACGUCAAUCCCCUUCCCCUUGUGUUCACGGAUCCCCCUCGAAGUCGGACGAAAUCGAUAUUAAGCCUAUUAGGCAUAUCUCUUGCCUCGCUCGAGAACCCCCACUGCGAGGGCAUCCUCGAUGUAGCGACAAAUUCAGUGUGGCUUACGAACACGGCGCACUCUAUGGUACUGUGGCGGAGAGGCUUCUUUGGAAAGGGUAAUUUAUCUCGCAGCGAACCUAGUUGGCUCGCUAGACAAAUAAAUAUCCGUCGCACUGGGGGGAAUCAAAUGACCUCGGAGGAGUUGACUGCUAAACGGCGCGCCGAACGACAGCAGUUCAAGCAAGAUCGGGCCAAAGCGAUUCAAGCUGCCUUCGCCGAGGCUGAGGUCGCUUUUGAGACCGAAGGGCGUGUCGUCAAAGUCGCACUCUCGGGUCCCUCAAUCCCCUCUGCUGCAACAUGGAAACCAAGCGAAUCAGCAAAGCCACCCAGCAUCCCCGAUCAAUCUACUACAUCACAGGAUGCGGAUCAUCCUGUAGAUGAGGAAGAACCCCCGCUCGAAGACAUGGAACAUCUCCAACUAACCUUCGCGGAGGCUUGGUUCCUACUCUGGACGAUGGACUGUCUGACUAUUCUGGAUGCUCAAACGCUCGAACCAAUGAGUAUCCAGCAAAUCUGGUCCACUUUCCAGUCUAUCCACCUCAACCCUAUGCUACUUCUCGAUCCCAAGUCUCAACCAUCCCCGAAAUUGCAACUACACUUUGACAACCCGUUCCUAAUUCAUUACGUGGCGUACCACCACUAUCGCUCACUGGGUUGGGUCGUCAAAGGUGGAAUUAAGUUCUGCGUAGACUACCUGUUGUACAAACGCGGACCCGUGUUCUCUCAUGCAGAAUUCGCCAUCGUCCUUUGCCCAGUAUACGAAGACGAAGACGAUAAAACGACGUCCCCCUUCGAGCUCCAAAAUACUUCGCCAUUCUCAUGGUCAUGGCUGAGUACCAUUAACCGGGUCAAUGCAACGCUACAAAAGACGCUGAUUUUGACGUACAUUACAAUCCCUGCCAAGUCCCGAAUAUCACCAGACGUCUUGUCGUCUCCAGCGUGCCUCUCCUACUAUUCCGUCCGAGAGGUCGUGAUACGACGGUUCAUACCUGCCAGAAUGAGAGACUAA